AUGGUGACAUUGCAUACAUGCAUAGUUGCUUUCAUCGGCGUCUUAGGAGUCUGCAUCCAACUCAAGUUUCCAAAUGUGUCUCCAUAUGCGACCUCCUACGGCGCUGUGAUGAUGGACCUCUUCAUUAUUGAAACAUGCUUUUACUUCGUCUCUCUAGUUGUGAUGGGAAUCCAAGCUGCUAGCAAUAAUACAGAUAUGGAAGAUCUGAUGAACAAAAUUAGCCUCUUACUUGGAAGUCUCUCCCUGAUUUUAGAGUUGCUUGUUCUUAUUUCACCUUUUGGAUGGAUCGUACUCUUCUUCUGGGGCAUCUGCCUUGUAUGCUUCGUGCGUAAGUAUUACCGGUCUCUGGAAACACACUACCAAAAUGCAGCUGCACAUGUUGUUACACACUUUGGAGAAUUGAAACAGAAGCUGGUUAAUUUGAAAUGCCGCUUGAUGGACAUCAUCAUAAGGAAUGACGGGCGCAUGACUGAGCAUGAAUCCCACAACCAGAACCGCACCAAUGAGGCACCUUCGUACCAGUACUUUGAGGAGAAGCUGAUCGUCAUCAAUGGCCAAUUGAAGGAAUUGAGUGCAGUUGCAGCACUUCGUGGAAACAGAGACAUGAAAAUUGACGGGGGUGUGCUGCUAUCUCGAAACAAGGACUUCUUGGUCUUCUAUAGGGGAAAGAAUUUUUUGUCUGCAGAAGUCACUGAAGCAUUAGUGGAAAGGGAGAGAUUGGCAAAAUCCCUUCAAGAUGAAGAGGAACAGGCCAGGUUGAGAGCAUCAGCGAUGGUUAUGCCAAGUGUUGAACCAGCUCAACAUUUUGGUACAGCUGGUACACUUGGGGAGACUCUGGAUGCAGAUGCUAAGUGGGGAAAGAGGUUGGAUGUUCAUCAUAAGGAGAAGGUGACGCAAGAAGCAGGAAUAUUGAGGCAUGCCAAUCUGGUUAGAAAGCUUGAACAGAAGCUUGCCUUUGCUGAACGAAAGCUCAUGAGAGCUGAACAAGCCUUAUCUAAGGUAGAGGAGUCAUUGAAACCAUCGAAGCAGCAAGCAGACCCAGAAAGCAUUACUGAUGAGGAGAGGUUUAUGUUUCGUAAGCUUGGUUUGAAGAUGAAAGCUUUCCUACUACUUGGUAGACGUGGAGUUUUUGAUGGUACAGUGGAGAACAUGCAUUUGCACUGGAAGUACUGUGAAUUGGUCAAGAUAAUGGUAAAUGCUAAAACUUUUGAUCAAGUAAAAAAAAAUUGCAUUAGCACUUGAAGCUGAAAGUGGAGGUGUCUUGGUUUCAGUAGACAAAGUCUCCAAAAAAUAUGCUAUAAUUGUGUACCGGGGAAAUGACUAUCAGCGACCUUCUACGUUGAGACCAAAGAAUCUUUUGACCAAAAGGAAAGCUUUGGCACGUUCUAUUGAGCUUCAAAGGCAGGAGGCUCUUCUGAAACAUAUUGCAGCUGUGCAGAGUAGGGUGGAUAGACUGAGAUCUGAAAUUG